GCGGCAUCGCAGCCGCCCCACGGCCCCUUCCCACGCCCCGCUCUGUGUCUGCGCAGCGGGGAGUGAGCGCGUGGCGAGCGCUUGCGGUCCCACCGAGCCAGCAGACGCGGCCGGCCCCUAGCAGGGCUCGGUGCUGAGCAGGACUCGCUGCCCGGGCCGGAUGACAGAUGACCGUGGAAGAGGAGAAUGUGCUGCAGCCUCCGACCCUGAGCUGUGCUACGAGGAGGAGGAUGAGUCGAGCGCGGAGUCCGAGCCCUCAGACACCUGCAGCAUCCUCUCUGACGACUCCGUCUACCCCUGCUCCGAGCUCCCUGCUGAGACCGGCGGUGCCGAGAACCUGAGCCUCUACCAGUGCUGUCUCAGGAACGACGCCAAGCUGGUGCGGGAGAGGCUGGAGCGUGGGGUGAGCAGGAGGGAGGCCACGGAGCUGGACGUCAACGGCAGGAACGGGCUGAUGGUCGCCUGCUGCAAGGGCUUCGUGGACAUCGUGCCCUUGCUGCGACAGUGCCCGCACGUCGAUGUCAACCAGCAGGACAAGGAGGGGAACACGGCGCUCAUGAUGGCAGCACAAGCGGGACACAUCACGAUAGUCAACUACCUCCUGAACUACUACCCGGCGCUGGACGUGGACAGGCGCGACGGCCGGGGGCUGACGGCGCUGAUGAAGGCGGCGGUGCAGGGGCAGCAGGACUGCGUGGCCGCCCUGCUGCUGGCAGGAGCGGACCUGCAGGCAGUGGAUCCCAUCAAAGGGAAGACGGCCAGGGAGUGGGCAGCCUUCACCGGCCGCUUCGAGACGACCGUUCGCAUCCGGAGCCUCCUGCGGCGCCCGCGGGCCGAGCAGUUCGGCACCUGCUACCUGCCCGAGUGGCCAGCGCUGGCCGGGCUGGUGGCCAAAGCCCUGAGCCCCAAAUCCCGGAGCCAGAGGCUGUCGGAGAAGAUCCGCUCCCUCUUCACCUUCCGCUUCCCUCGCGACCCCGAGGAGGACGGCGUGAUGGACCACAUGGUGAGGAUGACCACCGCCCUCGCCAGCCCCUUCGUGGCCACCGCUUGCCAAACCGUCUGCCCCGACAGCCCCCCCGAGGUGGGCAAACGCCGGCUGUCGGUGCCGGAGAUCCUCCAGCAGCACGUGCCAGAUGCAGGCAUCGCCAGCCCCAUGGCCGGGGCUGCCUCGUGCAACGGCCAAGCGGUGUCGGAGAUCCGGCUCCUGCCGCCGCGCUGUCCCCAAAGCCGCCUCCUGGGCUUCCUGCCCCGGCGGCUGCUGCUGCUGCGUGGGAACAGCAUCUUCCCCGGGGAGCACGUCCCGAAAAUCAAGCUGACCAAGGCCUCCUCGCCGCCGGCCAGCAGGAGGGAGUGGAGGCAUCGUGCCAGGGACAAGGAGCUGCUGCAGCCGCCCAAGUGGAGGUACAAGGAGCUGCAGGAGGAGAAGAGAGCGGCCAAGGAAGCGGGGAAUGAGAAGAAAAGGAAGAAAGGAGGAAAGGGACCCUAAGGUGGGAGGUAUCGGGGCGAGGGCCCCAACCGUCCUUGGGACCUGCUCGGUGGCUUUGGCAGGGGAUGCGCCCAGGGCCCUGCUCCCUGCCCAGCCCCUCGUCAUCCCGCGCCUUGGCUCUGCCCGGCCCCAUGGUGCUGGGGGGGGGAUCCUGCCCUCUGCCAGGAGCCGGAGCAGGGUGGGGGCAGAAGGGGCUCCCUUCUGUUCUUUUUUGCCUCUUUGAUCUUAUGGAGAUCUUGAUCUUGCGGAGUGUGGCGGAACGUGACUGUGCAAAUUAAAGUGGAAGCAGUUGCCA